AUUGUCAGUGAGUGAAAGGUUUCUCAUGUACUGCUACUACAACUGCUUAUUUUCUUUCCAAGAAGAUCCAAAAAUCGUAACUCCCCAAACAAAUCCCACCCUUUUUUUUCUAUAGUUUUUUUCUUUUUAAAAAGAAAAUCCUUUUGUCUCAUCAGCAAUCAUAUUUCUUGCUUACUGGUGAGCCAUUUUCUAGAGAGAGAGAGGAGCGGAUGUACAAGAAACUAGAGAGAAAACAGUAGCGAAAUUGACAGGAAGGUGAGCUGUUUUUCAUUUUGCUAAUUUCUUUGAAAACCGAGAGAGAGUAUAAAGAUUUGUCUUUUAUUUUAUUUUUUCUCAAAGGGAGAAAACAUUCCAAUACUAAUCUAAGAAGGGUCAGAAAAAGAGUCAUUGAUUUCUUAAUUUUGACUGCUCUAUGUUCUCUUCAGCUUUGUGAGCUUGUGGUCUCUUAUUGAGUGGAUAUCAUUAGCACAAUCUCAAGAUGCCCAUGGGUGGAUUUGAUGAUCACGUCGCUAUUAUGGGAGAAUGGAUGCCCCCAAGCCCUAAUCCGGGGGCCUUUUUCCUAUCAAUGAUGAACGAUGAUGUUGGAGCACGACUGGCUGUGGAAUCUGAUAGUGGAAAUAGACGUGGGCCUGAACAACAAGGUACCUCCAGAAAUGGUGAUCAAAAGGAUCAGAGUGAAGCUAGUUUCGGAGAUGAUGAAACCAACAACUGCAAAGCAGCGGGCGAACCAAAGUUGAGCUCCCGAGGAGGUCUUAUGGAGAGGAUUGCAGCUAGAGCUGGUUUCAAUGCCCCAAGGCUGAAUACAGAGAACAUCAGACCUUCCGACCUUUCUAAGAAACCAGAAGUUCGGUCUCCUUAUUUGACUAUUCCUCCUGGUCUUAGUCCAACCACUCUGCUAGAUUCUCCAGUUUUCCUCUCUAAUUCAUUGGUUCUGCCAUCUCCUACAACUGGGAAGUUUUCUUUUGCCUCGAGUGGAGACUAUCGGGACUCAACAUUGAUGAUAGGCGAUUCUGAUAAGGGGAAGGAGAAUAAUUUUGAGGACAUCAAUGCCUCGUCGUUUGCAUUCAAACCCAUCACUGAAUCUGCUUCAUUUCCAUACUUAAACGCAACAAAUAAAACAUUUCCUAGUGCUGGGUUUACUGUUCAUUCGAAUACUUCCCUACAGCGUCAAAGUAUAGAACCGACCAAAUCGCACUUGGCAAACAACAGUACCUUGUUUCAGGAGGCAAGUUUCAGUAAAUCAGAUUUGGGUAACAAUGGUAGCAGCAAUCUGUUGCAGCAGACUCACAGCUCUGGUGCUAUGGCGCAUUCUCCACCUUUUGAUGAACAAAACGACGAUGGAGAUCAAAGAAGCAGUGGAGAUCCCAAUAGUGGUGGAAGCACGGCUGAUGAUGGUUAUAAUUGGCGAAAAUAUGGACAGAAGCAUGUAAAAGGAAGUGAGUAUCCUCGUAGUUAUUACAAAUGCACGCACCCAAGUUGUCCCGUGAAGAAAAAGGUGGAACGGUCGCAGGAAGGUCACAUCACUGAGAUAAUCUACAAGGGUGCCCAUAACCACGCGAAGCCUCCUCCCAACCGCAGAUCAACUCUCGGGUCCUCAAAUGCGCUUGGAGAUAUGCAGCUCGACGCUGAAGAACCUGGAACCGGUGAUCCCAUCUGGUCGGCAGUGCAAAAUGGAAAUGCUGCAGGAGGAUGGAAACCGGACAAUCUUGAGACGACUCCCUCAGCAUUGCCGGGCCAAGAAUACAACAACGGAGGUACUACCGCCCCGCAGGCUCAAAAUGGAACCACGUACGAGUCAGUGGAUGGGGUUGAUGGAUGUUCUACUUUCUCAAACGAGGAAGAAGAAGAUGAUCGCGCAACGCGUGGCAGCAUGUCAUUAGGUUAUGAUGGUGAAGGAGAUGAGUCAGAAUCAAAGAGAAGGAAACUCGAAACCUAUGCCCCAGAGAUGGGUGGGGCAUCUAGACCGAUAAGGGAGCCGAGGGUAGUGGUCCAGACGACCAGUGAAGUGGAUAUCCUCGAUGAUGGAUACCGUUGGCGCAAAUAUGGGCAGAAAGUUGUGAAAGGAAACCCGAAUCCAAGGAGCUACUACAAGUGUACAAGCGCGGGCUGCAAUGUGAGGAAGCAUGUGGAACGGGCUUCUCACGACCUGAAGUCGGUGAUAACAACGUACGAGGGCAAGCACAACCACGAUGUCCCAGCAGCGCGCAAUAGUGGUGCCCACGUCAACUCUGGAGGUCAGAACACACACCCUCCACAACAAGCUCAUGCUGCUUCAGGUAAUGUUCACAGGCCGGAGCCCUCCCACCUCCGUGGCAGCACAGCCUGGUUCGAGAGACCAGCACUAGGCUCAUUCGGGCUAGGACCAGGUCAUGGCUUCGGAUACAGAAUGGAUCAGGCCGGACUGGGUAUGGGGCCUAACCAAGGCAAACUGGGGGUCCAUCCGUAUUUAGGACAACAAAAUAGAGCGGUAAAAGAGAUGUGUUAUAUGCUGCCGAAAGGGGAACCUAAAGUGGAGCCUGUGACGGAUGCAGGAGGUUUGAACUCCUCCAAUGCAUCAUCAGUUUACGAGCAGCUUAUGAGCCGACUGCCACACAUGGGAAACAUCAACAUAGGCAGAGAAUAUAGUGAAUCGCUCUGCGAGCUCCUCGGUCUGACUUGACGUGGUAAGUGUAAGCCGAGUAACUUGUUCACAGGAAAGCCGAACUUACCCAAGUCAGCACCCCAUAAUGCCCAAAGGAACAUGUGGAAGUUCCCCCAACAGAAAAGCACCUUUACCCAGAUUCCCAAGACGAUCGAGCAAAUAAAGCCAAAAAACAAGCAGCUCGAAGAGGAAAGCAGAAGGAAGACGAAGGUUAAGAGUACGUAUCCCAGGUGAACCAAGAGGUGAAAGGUGGGAGUCCCGCUGAAGAACUAGAACUAUCAAGUCGAAAAAAAAGCCUUGAAAGUUAGGGGUCUCACUAGAAUAAGCUCGUUUUUCAUUUUGGAAGAUUAAUAAUGUAUUUUAAAUGCUUAAUUGGUGUGGACCAUACUAUUUUUCUCCUCAAAAGUAAGUUUUUUAAUCUA